GAGAGUCAGCGUCAGUUUCCAGAAAUGAAAGUUAAAGUUAGUGAGAGUAACAGCACAGCUGCAGUCACAGAUCUGUGCAUUUGUGAAGAAAAUCAGACUGAAUUCAUCUGCUCUUUCUAAACAACUGACUCAAAAACUGAGUGCAGACAUGUCCGCUGCCAGCAAUCUGCGAGCUGAAGAUCAGUUUCUGUGCUCCAUCUGUCUGGAGGUGUUCGCCAAUCCAGUCACCACACCAUGUGGCCACAACUUCUGCAAAAGAUGCAUCACUCAGCACUGGGAUGUUAAUAUGCCCAGCCAGUGUCCCAUGUGUAAGGAGACGUUCAACACGAGACCUCAGUUGAAGGUCAACACUUUGCUUUCUGGCGUGGUUUCUCAGUUCAAACGAGAAGCUCAGAAGAAAGUCAGCAGCAGCAGCAGCUCAGAGCAACAAGCUGCCAAACCACAACUUCCCUGCAACGUCUUCACUGGAGCCAGACCGAAGGCCCUGAAGUCCUGCCGUGAGACACGCCUGGAGCCUCGUCAACAUCUGAACAGAGAGUUGCAAAGAGAGUGUGAGCUAGCGAGAGAGUUAGAGGAAGAGCGACGGCAGGAUUUGUUGCUUGAGCUAGAACAAGAGAGUGAGCUAGCGAGAGAGAGACAGCAAGAUCUAUGGAGCGAGGUAGAAAGAGAGUGUGAGCUAGCGAGAGAGUUAGAGGAAGAGCGACGGCAGGAUUUGUUGCUUGAGCUAGAACGAGAGAGUGAGCUAGCGAGAGAGAGACAGCAAGAUCUAUGGAGCGAGGUAGAAAGAGAGUGUGAGCUAGCGAGAGAGAGACAGCAAGAUCUAUGGAGCGAGGUAGAAAGAGAGUGUGAGCUAGCGAGAGAGUUAGAGGAAGAGCGACGGCAGGAUUUGUUGCUUGAGCUAGAACGAGAGAGUGAGCUAGCGAGAGAGAGACAGCAAGAUCUAUGGAGCGAGCUAGAGAUGUAGAGAGACAGAGCAAAUAUAUAGAUAGAGUUGAUUUAGAUUUUCCAAAACCCUUUUAUAGAUAAAAAUAGGCAACUAAAGAUUUCAGAACAGAAGUAAUAAUCCAAACAAAAAAAAUAUUUCUUUUUCAAGUGAAUAUUAAACCAACACCAAUGUCUGCUUUUAUCGAACAUGUAAAGCCAAGGAUGAAAGUCUGUAGAGUAAAUAAUCUCACCAAAAGUCAGAACUGCUUCUCCUGGAGCCCAAACACAGACUGUGAUCUCCUGAAAUCCAGGAAAGAGUGGAACACAGUUUCCCCUUUACAACAUACUGGACAAUUUCAUCAUCGCUGGGAUUUAAAACAGAGAUAAAAGCAUUUACAACUACUGCACCAUGUAAAACCCUCCAUUGUAGAUUUCCAGCCUCUUUGGGUCUCCAUGUUUUUCAUCUGAAACCAUUCCCAGAUGGUCUCUCCAUGCACUCUAAGAAAUGAAAUGUUAUAUUUACCUGGUGUUGGCUUUCACUGUAGUAUAGUAUCACCUCCUGUUCCUGAUGCAUUGCACAGUGGUGUUUUGUGUAUGCCAUUUAAUUAAAAACUUUGUUGUUACACA